AUGGCCGGCGUCGUCCCCAAAUCCCUCCAAAUCCCCAAUCCAUUCCUCCCUUGCAACCUGAAUUCCUCCCCACUUACUACCCGAAGAAGAAAACCCCUCCCCCUCGCCCCUCAUGCGUUCGCCAACGAUCCCAAGCCCGAGAAAGUUUCCUCCUCCACCACCCCGGCAGAACCUCGGGCAUCUGCCACCGCCGACCCCACCUUCGAGAACCGGUUGGCUCGAGUCCGUCUCAAAUACCGGAGCGGCACUGGGAAGAAGCCAGAGCAGCGGCGGUCCAGGAAGUCCGGCGGUGGCAAGAAGAAGGUGAUGCUGCCACCGGUUCUUAAGGAGGUGGUGGUGGCGACGGGAAUGGCGGUGGAGGUGGUGUUUGGCCCCCUACAGAAUGCGACUUAA